AUGCGCUUCCCGGUAACCUCGACGUUCACGCUCCUGGCUGGUGCGGCCGCAGCCGCCGCCGCCUCGUCGUGGGGCUUCAGCGACGCAUCGGUCCAGGCCGUGGCCAAGUCGGGCGUCGUCGACAGUACCCACACCUUCUCCGACAGCAGGCCGGCCGCGGAGCCCGUCGUCCUGGGACACACGGACAAGCUCAAGGUGUCGCUCACCACCAAGUCGGGAUCCAGCGCCAAGAAGCCUCACCAGGCUUUCCUCAUGGUGCGGGAGGAGUCUGGCCUCGAGGCACCGUUUGCCCUGACACUCAAGGGCUCUGGCAAGGGUACUGUCGAGAUUAAAGACCUCCCCGUCCAGCUUCUGGUCUCCCCGAAACCCCUCAAGGCCAGCCUCGUUCUCGGCUCCUUCGGUUCGGAUCAGGCCACCAUCUCGCCUGCCUUCGACAUUGUCCUCCAGCUCGACGCCAAUGCCAACACGCCCGUCGUCGAACCCUCCCUGCGCUACGGAAAGCAGCCCAAUAUCCACCACAUAUUCCGUGGCGACCCCAAGAGCCCCCCCAUCAUUGUCUCGAUUGUCUUUUCCCUGGCUGUCGUUGCGACGGUCCCGGCUCUGUUCAUCGGCUGGACCGUGAUCGGCGGUAACCUGUCCCACGCCAAGGAGGCCCUGUCCAACGCCCCCAUCGCCCAUGUCGGUUUCUUGGGCUCCAUUAUCGCCAUGGAAGGCGUCUUCUUCCUCUACUACAGCGGCCUGAAGCUCUUUUCUGUCCUGCCGUUCAUGGGCGCCGUCGGUCUCGUCGCUGUCCUCAGCGGAUCCAAGGCCCUCGGUGAGGUGCAGUCUCGUCGUCUGGCUGGCGAGAGGUAG